AUGUCAGCAACGGAGGAAGCUAUUGGGUUGAAACCUGUUCCUCCUGAGUUUCUCAGGCCCAUAGAGAUUUCUUCUCCUUCUCUAGCUGUGCAGGAACCUUCUACCAUCGAGCAUGCGAAGAUUCUCCUGGGAAACCUCCAGCGUCAAGUGGAAGCUCUGAGCAAAGAUAAGGAGCGGGAGAUGAACCGGUUCUCCUUUCUCUACGAGGAGCUCAAGGCCAAGUCAGAAGCAGAGGUAGCGAUGAGAGACAGGCAGCUUGAGGACUUGCGGCGAACCAUGGGAGCUGGCGGGUCCGCAAGUUUGACGGCCCAUCACUCCUCCGACGACCUCGCAAACGAGCGCAGGAAGAACAAGGAGCUCCAGGAGCGACUAGAAGCCGCCAUGCUCGUUGUGUCCAAUGAGGGCUCGCACGUCAAGCAGCUCAAGGAAGCAGAGGCGCAAGGAAAGCUUCUAAACGAGGAGAUCGUGACCUUGAAGAAGGAGCUGUCAGACAUGCAGCAGCGUCUGGUCCAGUCUCAGCAAACUUUCUUCGAACUGCAGGACAGCCAAUCUGAUCUUCAAAGAAACCUCAAGGAUAAGCUUGAAGCUAAAGGAGGAGGGGGAAGAGGAAAUGAUGAUGAUGAUGAUGACGACGACGACGACAACGACGACGAUGAUGAUGAUAAUGAUGAUGAUGAUAUGAAUGAUGAUAUUGACAUCGAUGACGGCGAAGAUGAUUGCCUUUCAGAUUGCAAACCUGCAGAAGUUGAAGGAAGAAAACUCAAUGCUGAAGCAUCAAGUCGUCCUGCUCAACGAGAACAUUGCAGACAGAAAGAGCGAAGAGAUGACGAUAGAGAGCAGCAAGAUGAAAGAGAAAAUGCUGCCAUGCAGGCCGCGAAAGGGAAGUUGGAGGAGGAGAAUAGAAUGCUGAGAGACAGCAUCGCGUCGCUUCAACUCAUUAUCACGGCGAACAAGAACGAGCAUGAGAGCACGAGAGUCCAACUUCAACAACACGUCGAGACCUUACACAAAGAGGUUGAAGAUUUGAAGAUGGAGAAACAUUCGAAAACAAGUUUGCUGGAGGAGCUAAUGGGCGUGAAGACGUCAAACGCCGCUCUUAGAAAGCAGAUUGAAGGUUUUGAGAAACAAGUGCACGACUUGGAGCAACUUUGUGAGAAACAGCGAGAAGACAUCAACAUGUCAAACAUUUACAAGGAAAGCCACUUCAAGGACCAAAAGCUGAUAGAGCAGAACAAAAAAGAGAUAGAGGGUAUGAAGAAUAUUUUGCAUUCUCUAUCGGAAAAGAAUAACAAACUAGAGACUGACAAGCAAACUCUUAAUCGUUUCCUCGACAAGAAUCGAGAACUUCAAAGUGAUAUGGAUCGGCUCAACAAGUCAUACGAAUCUUUGGCUGAGAAGCAAAAACUUGUCGAGAAACACCGGCGAGAGCUGGAGGAGGAGAAGAAGUCCCUUGUCAGCUCUCUUGCGACAGCUUGUAAGCUCUAUGAAGCAAAAGAAGUGAAGAUCCGUCGCGAGAUGCGCGAGUUAAAGGAGCACCAGGAGCGGAAGGUCCGCGAGCUGCAGGACAAGAUCUCAUCAGCCGACAACAAGACUUUAAUGCAACAGGCUGAGAUAUGCAAGGAGGAGCUUGAGCGCCUCCGCGGCAGCAGCAACCGAGCCAUUGCGAACCACACAGUUUACCUCGACAACAUGCUCGGCAAUCGAAAACCGGACGAGGAGAUGUCGAUGACCGACCGCAACAACUUGACGCAGAUGUCCGCAGACCGCACGAGGCUGCAAGUGUCUGUCAGUCAGCGAGAGCACGAUCACCUCCUGUCAACCAAAGAGGACGUCGAGCUGGACGAGCAGCUGUCAGACAUACGAGACAGCAUCGAGAGGAUCCGGUCGAGUUUCAACGCGCGCAGUCGCUUCUUCGAUCACAACUACAAGGAUGCUCUGCAACCUGGCGGGAGUUUGAACGGAACAUUCUGUAAGGAUGAUGCGUUGGGCAGCAGUUUUGACAUAUCCACCGAGAUAAGUCCCAACCUCAGAACAAGAGACGAACCGCAGGCGACUAGAGGUCUUCUCAUCGAUGCCUCAGGCUUCGUCAACAAUCAGGCACAUUUGAAGACUGUGAGGUUGUAA